AUGUGGAGGGAUUUAUCUAUAAUAGGUGUAGUUAUAUUUGUUUUUUUCUUCUGUUUAUCCCAAUUUGAGGUCCAUGAUACAAAAGCAUUUAAUUGUUUAUUAAAGGAAGAAAAACAAAAAAAAAAUAAUCCUUAUUUCUUACCAUUAGAGGGUAAUCCUCCUGCAUAUGUAGCUAGAGGAGCAUUACCUUGUGUAGAAGAUGUUGUUGCUUUUGCUAAUGCUAAGAGAGCAGGACCUGAUGGUAUUAUUGGUACAGAGGACGAUCAAUUAACAAUAGAAGAACAUCUUGAUUUACUUGGUGCAUCUUUAGAGGCAAACUUUGUUGGUGGUUAUUGGGUCUAUUCUCCUUUCUUCCUUUCUUAUGAGCAUUACGGAGAUGCAGAUGAGGUUCUUCUUCUGAGGGUUUUGCCUCCAGGGGCAAACUUUGUUAUAAAUACAGGAGGGCAGAAUAGGCAUAUCUUCCCUAUUGAGGGUUCUCUAACAGUAGCAAGAGAAGCACCUCUAAGGCCUCUGCAGCUGCUGCCAAGACUGCCGCAGCAGCAGCAGCAGCAGCAGCAGCAACAGCAGCAGCAGCAGCAACACUUGACGGCCUCUUCUCCUGUUCUUGCAACCUCUAUGAGACUCAAACCCGGAAGGAAGGUUCUCGUUGGAGCACCUGAUGCUCGAGGAGCUAUAUACUUGGAGCACAUAACCGCGCAUGUGCCUCGCGCUGCCUUCACGAUGUUUGCUCUCCCUGCCCUCGUCUAUGGCUGGGACUUAGAGUCUGCAUUAAUAUCUUUGCGUGGUUUAUAUUCGAGUUUAUUUGAGAAUGUGAUUGUACCAUUAUCUGAAUUAUUAUGGCGUGAUGAAGGUGCAGCAGCAGCAGCAGCAGCAGCAGCAGCAGCAGGAGGAAGCAGCGAGAGAGUGCAGCAAAAAGGAGAAAGACAAGCACUAUCUGAUGCAUUAGAGACAGAGGCAGAAGAAGUGUUUAAUUUAGCCAGGGAAUUAAAGAAAAAAGCUGCAGAAACCCUAAACCCUAAUAAGCCUGCUGCUGCUGCUGCUGCUGCUGCUGCUUCUGCUGCUUCUAGCGGUGGUACUGGUGCUGCUGGAGGACAGAAACAGCAGCAACAGCAGCAACAGCACAAACAGCAGCAGAAACAACAACAGCAGCAGCAGCAGAAACAGCAGCAGAAACAGCAGCAGCAGCAGCAGCAAGAAGAUAUUGAUGAUGAUGAUGAUGAUGAGGAAGAAGAAGAUAAUGAACAAGAUGAACCCUUAGAACAUGACGAACUCUAA